AUGGCAAAGAAAGGACUGGACGGGCUACUUUUGCUGCAGAAGUUUGCGGGUGCUAAUAAAGAAAAUGAGUCGGCUGUUAUAGAUGAUGACGAUGAUGAGCAAGGGUUUUAUGCUUCUUCCAAUGCUAGUCAGUCGCUGCUUACUGGUUCACCUACACUAGUGAGGAAUGAUUCAACCGUCUCUGUUCCAUAUUUAGACCUUUCCAAGCUCAUGUUUGCCAAUGAUUUCGACUUUGGAUUCGACUUGAAUGGAGUCAGCCAGAAGACAAAACGGCGAGUCAAGAGCAUUAAGAAUAAAACAAAGGAGAAAUUUAAUAUAUACAACAAGAAGGGAAACAUUGAAUUGGACAAAUUACAAGAUAUCUUGAAUCAAAGGUUGGUCAAAUUCGACGAAAGAAUACACAAGAACUUAACCAGUUCGUCAACUGAGAAAUUGUUCUACGCUGUAAGUGUUUUUAUUAUUGCAUGUGGAGGAUUCGUUAUUGGCAAGUACCCCAAAUAUUUCCCCCAUUUCCAUACAGGGUUAUUUAUAGUCUUGAUGCCUAUUCGAUUUUAUACUUAUUUCAAGCAAUCCUUUCAGUAUUACUUGGCUGAUUUGUGUUAUUACGUGAACUUGUUGUUGAUGUUGUUCAUUUGGGCUUUCCCGCAGUCUCCUACAUUGUUUGUUUCCGUGUUCUCGUUGUCAUUGGGCACAUUAUCUUGGGCAGUUGUCACAUGGAGAAAUUCUUUGGUAUUGCACUCAGUUGAGAAAACCACAUCCUCGUUUAUUCACAUUAUGCCUCCUAUCACGAUGUUUGUCAUGGUUCAUGAAUUGAACCCUGAAUAUAUUCAAGAAAGAUACCCUGGCAUUGCUGCAAUUGACAAUUGGAAUUUCGCGAAAAGCUUAAUCAUCACAUCGGUAUACUAUACCAUAUGGCAAGUGAGCUAUCACUACUUCAUCACAAUAAAGCGCAAAGAGCAAAUAGAAAAGGGUAAAGUUACUUCUUUCUCCUAUUUGAAAAACAAGAAUAAGUCAACACUAUUGGGUAGAUUUGUUAAUGGCUUGCCUUAUCUAUGGAUGCAAACAUUGGCAUUCACAUUGAUUCAAUUUGGGUACCAGUUGUUGACAAUGUUGCCUUGUCCCAUAUGGUAUAAAUACAAACAUGCAUGUGGCGGUUUUGUAUGUUCAAUAUUCAUAUGGGCCAGUUAUAAUGGUGCUACUUGGUAUAUCGAUGUAUUUGGCAAAAGGUUGGAAAAAGAAGUUGACAAACUUAAGCUAGAAGUAGGCAAGUUACAACAAGAGAAUGAAAAGUUACAGUAUUCCCCAGUUUACCGGCCUCAAGCCGUAAACGAUGAUGUCAAAUUCGUGGAUUUGAAUAACGAACAGGGUAAAGAAAAUGUACCUAUUCAAGAGAUUAAAGAUUCAAAACCUGGCGCAGUAUCCUCUGCUAUUUGA